CUGAAAUAAUUACAUUUGUCAUACGUCCUUAAAAAAAAUACCAAUUUUUAACAAGGACAUUUGAGAAUUAGAUAAAUUACUAGGGUAAGGUUUUAAUCUGAGAUCCUAAACCAUGCUCACAUCCACAAUUUAUAAUUUUGUUUCCUCUGAUAUAGGACUAUAGGACUACAGGUACUCCAUAGAUUAUAGGGAAUGUAUAAAUCAAAGCAAAACCUCCAGAUCAUAGUAUUACUUUUUCUUGAUAUUUGGAUAGAUUGAUAUCCAUAUCUCAAAACCCUAACUAGAUCCCAAAAUUAGAAUAUCAUUCAUUCAGGAAACAAAAAUCUGAUAGAAUCAAAUUCAAGAGAUGGGAAUAUGGGCAGGAAUCGGAGUGAUUGUGCCAUUUCCAUUUUACUAUUGGUUAUGGAAUCAUCCACAGUCAUGGGUGAAUCUCUGUGGCAAAGACAAUGACCCAUCAAAGAUAAUGGCUUAUGUUUCUCAUUUUCUCAAACUCAUUCAAUUCAUUUCUCUUUUCUCUGUUUCUUCUCUUUCUUGGCCUCCUCCUUUCUACUUUUGGCCUCUUUUCCUUGCUGGUCAGUUUCUCAAUUUCAGGGUAUAUCAGUUGUUGGGUGAAGCUGGCACUUAUUAUGGUGUUCGAUUCGGAAAGAACAUUCCUUGGGUUACAGAAUUUCCAUUCGGGUACAUCAAAGAUCCUCAAUACGUUGGAAGCAUUUUCAGUCUCUUGGCCUGCCUUUCGUGGGUUCCAUUCCAAUACAUUUUCUUGUGGUGCUUCGGCUAUGUUUUCAUGAUCCUCGUAGAAUCAAAGGAAGAUCCUACUACUCGUGCCAAACCGCACUAGGCACACGCUGAGAAAUAUCGUCAAAAAUACCGAGUGAACACUUUGUACGGAAAAAGCUACGGAGUAUUUCCUAUCCAUUUAAUAUCUCUUGUAAUACUCUGGUUAGCUCUAAAUUAACCAGUGGUGAGUUACUUGUCACAUUCAUAAUCUGAAACUUGAUUUGUGAGUCCUCGGCUAAAAGAAUAUGGAAACUGAAUAAUUGCCUAUUUUCAUUUGAAAGUUUUGAAAUUUUGUUUUGC